AUGGUAUCCUCCAAGUCCCUGAGGGCAUACGCGGGUGCAGCGUUUUUGUCCGCUGCCCGAAUAUCCUCAGCACUGAACUUUACCAUUGCAAACGGCCAGAUCUACACCCCGGGUCUGGUCAUCGUCGACGCUCCGCAACCGGAUACGCCGCUCGGCGGAGAUACCAUUGAGAUUGCCCUCGACGUUUCAGCGAAUGGGCGCCUCCCGCUCCCCCCUUAUUCAGAUGACAGCCCGAGUCUCAUCCAUAACCUCAACAUCUUCCUUUACAGCUAUGACAAGGGUCGCAACUUCACCAUCACCAAUGGGACCGCCUCGGCCAACAACGCCAGCCUGGGCGACAUCAUGCUCCAAGAGCCCGGCAGCACCGUGAAGCACGUCAGGUGGCUGUGGCCCGACUGUUUAGUUGGCAACGGCGGAGACCAGCAGGGUCUCGGGGACACCGAUCGGGGAGUGUACAACAUCUCCAUCCGCCAGUCCUUCCGCCUCAACGGCGAGGACCACUACACCAUUUUCGACUUGCCAAUUUCGGUGACCAACAGCAUCCCGGAGAGGGCCGAUAGGCCUUCGUGUGAUGCUUUGAGCAAUGACAUGUUGACGCCCGAGGAGAUCCGCGCGUCGGCCGACUUCAACGUGCCCGUCAUGUUUGCGCCUGGCGAUGCUGCCGCUGUAGAGACGAGUCAGGGACAGGGCACCUCUUAUUGGUGGUACCGGAGCCAAAACGAAGAGGAUAUUCUCUCAGACGACGGCUCAUUUGCCAGCUUUGGCGAAGAUGAUGCCUUCUCUGCGUCGGACGACGACGAGCUUCAAAAGGAGAGGGAAAAUGCACUGCUGGAAAAGGAUUCGGACGAGGAUGAGCUCGAGCGCUUCGUGCUAGGGAGCAAAGAGACCUUCCGCGAGCUACUAUUCCGCGACGACUUCCUUCCUUCGGUCACCGACUCCAAAGCGCUAGUAAAAGCAGCUGCUGAAGAUGAGGAUGCCACCGGCCACGAGCAUGUCCCAGAUUCGAUGCUCUUUACGCUGGAUACAACAGGGGAGAACGACGAAGGAGCGGCUGAACUAGUACAGACAAGUCAGAUCCCGCAGGAGAAGGACGAGGAGGCGCCUGCUUGGGUGGACAGCGACGACGAACGCUUGACCGUCUCCCUUGCUGGGGCUACCCGGCUUAGGAAGCUCAGGGCCUCCGAAGCAGAAGACGUCGUCAGCGGUGCGGAAUACGCAAGGCGGUUACGGCAGCAAUACCUCCGUCUGUAUCCUCAGCCAGACUGGGCCAAGGCGCCAAGUAAACGGACAAGACGUCGUUCCUCGGCUGCGUCAGACGCUUCUUCCGCCUCGAACAUGGACGUGGACAGCGACGGCGAAAGCAUCGACAACCCCCUGCCGCUCGACACCUUCCUCCGCGACGCCAAUUCCUUCCGCCCCACCGCCGCAGAAGACGGCUCCCGCGCGAAGCGCCGCAAACUCCGCCCAGAGACCAUCGACAUCCAACGCACCCGCGACAUCCCCGACAGCCACAAGGCCGGCGUCUCCUGCCUCGCCUUCCACCCGCGCCAUCCCAUCCUCCUGUCCGCCAGCACCUCUUCCAUCAUGUACCUGCACCACCUCGACGCCUCCGCCCACCCCACGCCUCACCCGCUGCUCACGUCGGUGCAGGUGAAGCGCACCGACCUGCGGCGCGCCGCUUUCGUCGGCCGCUCCGGCGACGAGGUCGUAUUUGCCGGCCGCAGGCGCUACUUCCACAGCUGGAACCUGUCGUCGGGCCUGGUGAAGAAGGUCAGCAGGAUCGCCGGCCACCAGAAGGAGCACCGGACCAUGGAGCGGUUCCGCGUGAGCCCCUGCGGGCGCUAUCUCGCGGUGCAGGCGUCGGACAAGAAGGGGGGCGGGAUGCUGAACGUGGUCAGCAUCGCGACCAUGCAGUGGAUUGCACAGGCUAGGAUUGAUGGCCGCGGGGGCGUGGCGGAUUUCGCGUGGUGGAGCGAUGGGAAUGGGCUCACCAUUGCCGGGAAGGACGGGCAGGUUACGGAGUGGAGCGUGGUUGCGAAACGGACGGUUGGGAUCUGGAGGGAUGAAGGGUCCAUUGGCGGCACGGUGAUGGCGAUGGGAGGGCGGAACGGCCCGGCCGAGCUGGGAGGGGAUAGGUGGGUUGCCGUUGGGUCGAACAGCGGUAUUCUGAACAUCUAUGAUCGGAACGAGCUCGUCGUGAGACAGCCCAAGCAACAGCAGCAGCAGCAGCAACAACAACAACAGCAACAACAAAAGGGGGCAAAAGCGGAGCUCGCGUCCGUGGAGGUCAAGAAGCUUCCUGAACCAACGCGCAGCUUUGAGCAGUUGACGACGGCCAUCUCGGUGGUUACCUUCUCCCCAGACGGACAGCUCCUUGCGUUUGGCAGCCAGCUCAAAAAGGAUGCGCUGAGGCUGGUGCACCUCCCGAGCUGCACUGUCUACCGCAACUGGCCCACCGAGCAGACGCCGCUGGGGAGAGUCACGGCGGUGGCGUUCAGUUCCGGGAGUGAUGUGCUUGCGGUCGGCAACGAUGUCGGCAAGAUCCGGUUGUGGGAGAUCAGGAGCUGA